AUGCAACUAAAACCUGGAUUGCUCUAUGACAGUAGACAAGGGAAAAUCAUUGGAAGUACUCUUAACUUGGAUUACAACUACAUAAAGCAAGGUGAACCCGAAAAAGAUAUCCUGAAAAGUUCAAUUGUGCAAGAAGCAGAAGCCAUGUGCUUAACGACUCUUGAUGCAAAGUUUUCCCUUCCUGUCGGUGUAAAUCAUUUAACCAAAGGACUUACAGCGUUAGAUACUUUCAAUAUGAUGAAGAAUGAAACACAAGAGAUAAAUGUUUGCCUUGACCAUUUGCAACACAGCAGAACUGAUAGCAUUAUCGUUCAAAAAACCUGUUGCAGUCACUGUGCAAUCUGCACUGAAUUAGGCACUGUCUGUGAUGCUUGCAGUGACAAAGGCCACACUGUUACCGAACCUGCUUUGCGACGUUGUGAUUCUUGUCUGGAAAAAGAAAUUCAGUGCAUUAAAGCAGCAGUUGUGUGUGUUUCAGAGGAUUCUGAAUCAAGAAAUUCUGGUGCACAAAAAGAGCUUGUGAGAGUAAACGACGAACAGUCUGACCCGUUUUUAUCAAUCAUAUCUCCCAUUCCUGAUGGUGUACAUGUUGCUAAGAGAAAACGGCAGAGUUUCUCAAAUUGGUUCCUGUUAGUAAAUAACUACCGAAUAAAUUUGGUUCAACUCAGGGAGCUAAGAAAUGACCACGCCUUACAUUCAAAGCUAGCACCCUUGGUACCACUUAGUGCAGUUAGGAAUCGUGAUCGUCAAGAUGUCGAAUCUAUAAUGGAGAUCUCGAGUCCAUUGGUGAGAAAGAUUCUUAAAGAUAAUGCAAAAACUGUAACUCACACUGUGGUACCUGAGAAGUACAGGCUAAGGGAGGACAACAAAAGCGGAGUUUUUAAGGCACCCAUUGGAACAUGCAUGGGUCUCUUAGGACACAUAUUUGUCAGUGAUGUUGUUCAAGGUAAGGUAUACAAGGUGCGAGCGAAUCACUAUCCAGCAAAUGUUACUGUGGAAAUGGAUAAUUUAGAACAUCCUAUUGGAGUUGCUGUUUUUAAAGACAUACUUUACUGUGUGGAAUCUCAACGGAACACAAUUGCCUUUAAAGAUUUAACAGGGGAGACAGUUGUCGAUGUGAACAAGUUAACUGUCGAGAAACUUAAGAAGAAGUUGAAAGACAUUGGUGCAUGGAAUGAAGAUUAUAAAAGAAAACCCAAAAAAUUUCUUCAAGAAAAGCUUAGAGAAGCCUUAAACAACAGAGUUGCUUCGGAAACAAAUCCAACACAACAGACGACACAACCCAGAAACCUCCCUUCGCAUAUUGACUUUGACGGAGAAAUCAAGCAGCCGGUGGCGUUAUGUUUUGAUCAAGAUGGGAAUAUGUAUGUUUCGACAUUCACUGGUGCAGUAUAUGUCGUGCGGCUGCAUUGCAACUUACCCUUACGAAAAUCAACACUAUUUUAACCCUAUUUUACUUUCUAUUUUAUUCCUAUAGAAAAGCUAUUUUAUUUUUAACCCUAUCAUAUUGCUAUCACAUAUACAAAUCCUAUAUUAAACCUAUUAGAAUUCUGUUUUAAUUGUAUUUUAUAGCUAUUAUAAAUAGGUUUUUUUGAAACAAAAAAUAGCCUAUUUUAAAUAGAUUUUAUUUUUCUGAAUCGGUGAAGCACAGAUUAAAAUAGGUUUAAAAUAGGAUAAAAUAUAUUUAAAAUAGAGUGCAAAAUAGAAAUAAAAUAAUAAAGUAAAGUGAAACAUUGGUAUAAAAUAGAUUUUAAAUAUACAUAAAAUAGGUUAAAAAUAGUCGAAAAUACAUAUAAAAUAGUGGAUCAACUGCAGUAUAUUAACUAAAAAUAGUAAUAAAAUUACUGCAAAAUAGUAAUAAAAUAGUUUAAAAAUAUAAAUAAAAUACUGAUAAAAUAGUAAUAAAAUUAGAAUUUAAAAUAGUGAUAAAAUAGCGAACAAAAUAGUAAAAAAAUAGUUCAAAAUUCUUAUAAAAUAGUAUAAAAAUAGUAAUAAAAUUGUAAUAAAAUAGUCAGAAAGUAGUAAUAAAAUAGUUAUAAAAUAGCAAUAAAAGAAUAGUAAAAUAGUCAUAAAAUAGCAAUAAAAUAGUCAGAAUGUAGCAAUAAAAUAGUUAUAAAAUAACAAUAAAAUAGCUAUAUAAAAAUAGUAGCACUGCAACAUAGUUACUUUAUAAAGUAAUAAAAUUGUAGUAUAUGAUAAUUAAAACCAGUUAAAAAAUAGUAAUGAAAUAAUAUCAAAUUAGCUGAAAACUAGCAAUGCAGUACCAUGGUUGACAGGUACAUGUAUAUUAUCGUUUAAAAUUGUAUAAAAUACACAUAAAACAGUUUGUAUUCUUAUUAGCUGUCAAUGCUAGGUUGUGGCAGUUUAAGGACGGCAGGGGUGAAUGUGGCAGUUUAAGCAGUGUCAAAUCAAUGGCAUUGUUUACCACAGUCAGAGUUACGAACGUUUGAGUAACUGUAAGGAAUCUAAUUACACGAAUGGGUUUCAAAUCAAUUGCAGAAUGAGCAGUCUAGUAGUCUACUAGCAGUUAGACCCAUGCCACCAAGCAUCUGCAAGAUCAAGCAGUUAUUGCCAAUACAUGCCAGCUUAAUUGUCAUUUGUCAGUAAUAAAAGGUGAAAAAUGGGCAAGCAGACCACAGUCAAUAAGCAAAAUUGUCUAGCUUGAGACCUCACAGUUAAAUAUUGUGUGCAGAACUUAAAGUAGGGAGUGUUAAGGAAAAUUACAUCUAAAUAUUUCAACAUGAAACAUCAUCCCAGGUUGAAGAUCUUGGCAAGAUCUUGUAAGAUCUUGCAUGAUCUUGGAAGAUCAUGGCAAGGUCUUGGCAAGACACUAAUCUUGGCAAGAUCUUGCCAAGAUAUUACCAAUAUCUUGCCAAGAUUAUUCAAUCUUGCCAUACUUGCCAAAAUCUUGCCAAGAUUGUCUGAAAUUCUUGUCAAGAUCUUGCCAAGAUCUUUCAUGAUUUUUCGUCAUACAUAAUUCUUGCUGAGUUGUAUUUUUCGACCUUCAUAAGUAUAGGUAUAAUGAACCUUGAUCAAACCAAUCGCAUAUAUCACAACAUUGCCAAUACUCUAUCAUGAUCUUGCCAUGAUCUUGGAAGAUCUUGUCAAGAUCCCACCAUGAUCUUGCCAAGAUCCCACCAUGGUCCUUGCCAAGAUCUUAUCACAAUCUUGCCAAGAUUCUAUCAUAAUCUUGCCAUGAUCUUGCACAAUCUUAGCAAGAUUCCACCAUGAUCUUACCAAGAUCAUAUCAAAAUCUUGCCAAGAUCCUAUUGUAAUCUUGCCAUGAUCUUGGAAGAUCUUGUCAAGAUCCCACCAUGAUCUUGCCAUGAUCCCACCAUGAUUCUUGCUAAGAUCUUAUCACAAUCUUGCCAAGAUUCUAUCAUAAUCUUUCCAUGAUCUUGGACAACCUUGCCAAGAUUCCACCAUAAUCUUGCCAAGAUCUUGUACAAAUCUUGUCAAUAUCCUAUCAUGAUCUUGCCAUGAUCUUGGAAGAUCUUGUCAAGAUCCCACGAUGAUCUUGCCAAGAUCCCACCAUGGUCCUUGCUAAGAUCUUAUAUCACAAUCUUGCCAAGAUUCUAUCAUAAUCUUGCCAUGAUCUUGCACAAUCUUGGCAAGAUUCCACCAUGAUCUCACCAAGAUCAUAUCAAAAUCUUGUCAAGUUCCUAUUGUAAUCUUGCCAUGAUCUUGGAGGAUCUGGAAAGACUCCACCAUGAUCUUACCAAGAUCCUACCAUGAUCCUUUCAAGAUCUUAUCACAACCUUGCCAAGAUUCUAUCAUAAUCUUGCCAUGAUCUUGGACAAUCUUGCCAAGAUUCCACCAUGAUCUUGCCAAGAUCUUAUCAAAAAUCUUGCCAAGAUCCUACCAUAAUGUUGCCAUGGUCUUGAAAAUCUUGACAAGAUCUCACCAUGAUCUUGCCAAGAUCUCACCAUGAUCUUGCCAAUAUCUUACCAAAAUCUUGCCAAGAUCUUAUUGUUAUCUUGCCAUGAUCUUGGAGGAUCUUUUCAAGAUCCCAUCAUGAUCCUUGCUAAGAUCUUAUCACAAUCUUGCCAAGAUUCUAUUAUAAUAUUGUCAUGGUCUUGGAAGAUCUUGUCAAGAUCUCACCAUGAUCCCAGCAUGAUCUUGCCAAGAUCUUAUCUAUCUUGAUCUUGGAAGUUCUUGACACAAUCUCUUGUCAUGAUUUUACCAUGAUCAUACCAAAAAUGCCAUGAUUUUGAAAGAUCCUUGUGAAAGGAGGCUUUUACGCGCACAGUUGCUCUCGCACCUUCGCGUGCCAGAUCCAAAUGACUGAAAUGAGAUCAAUUAAUCAACUGUAAAUCUUGUUAUCUGCGCAUUUUUCGCAUAUUUGUGGUAGACAACCGUUGGUAAAAGCCCCAAGGCGCGUUUUAUAAGUCAAACAUACAAGGUACACGGCAGUUUAUACUUCUGUUCCUCGACUUUGUUGCUGCACUAAAUAAGAAAGGAUAACUUGUCGAGCUGUCUUAAAUAAAAAGUAAGUGCUUACAACCUAUUUUGUAACACAUUAUUUGUAUAUUGAAUGAAUGAGCGCUAAGCAGUUUGAUUACCACAUGUAAUAAAUGUUUCAAGCUUUUUCAAAUAACCUUACAAAAGGCUAAGUUAAUUGGGUAAAGCGAUGCAAUGCUUGCUGUAAUUUCGACUUUAAAUAAUUUUAAUAACACCUCAGCAUUGGUCGCAAUAAGCUUUUACGUGAUAAUGCCUAGUUUAACGUUUUGUUAAGAAUGACAAAGCCGUUGAGAAUACCCCUGGGACCACAAAUUAUUAUAUUCACACAGUCUUAUAUUUAUUACACAGCUUUUGCGCAGCUUGCGCUACUGAAAUGUCCUGAUAACCGUAGUUUUGACAGAUCGGUUGCCAAACAUCGUAAAUGCAGCGCAUAGGAACACGCAAUUUCACACUACGGUAUAAAUGUGAGCUUCAUUAGUGAGUUAAGUUUCAUUAUGCCAACCAGUGAAGCUAGGAUAAAAUAUAGAGAUCUUUCAUAUAAAAUUAAUGGUUUGAGCUAUGAUUAUUCAACAUGUGUAUUAUUCAAAAUUUGUUAUUUCAAAUAUUAUUUAGGAAAACAUGGUGAAGGCAUCCUCAAAUGAUAAAGCUAUGGCCAAAAAAGAAACUACAGAGAUCGAAAUUGUAAGUAUGAGUGUAUACAUGUGUAAUUUAUCGUUUUCAAUUAAAAAGAAUUCAACUACAGUGAUUUAAUAUCAAGUAUUGUUAAUUCAUUUUAGUGGCACAAUGACAUUAAUUUGAUGACCGUAAAUGCACCACCAAAAGAGCCAUCAAAAUGUGCAAUCAAAUUAUUGGACUUCCUAUUUUCAUCGGAAGAGCUCCAGGAUGGAAUACUAUUCCAGUCGAAAAGAUCUCCAAAACCAGCACUAGAUCCCAACAGGGUCACUAAAUUGUUUGGUAAGAAUAUUAUAUGUGAUUUGACUUCAAGAAAAAUUAACUGGCCAGCUGUGAACAGAUAUAUACAAACUUAAGACUAAGUUGCCACAGUAUGUGUUAAUUAAAAGUAUAUAGUUUUCUUUGCCAAUGGCAAUGUGUUUCGGGUAAACAUUGAAAUGAACUUAAGUACAAAAAAUAGACUUACUUUAACACAGUCUUUUUUUACGAUAUAGCUGUCCUCAACGCCAA